AGUUUUACAGUAAACUCUAAAGUCUGUUCCCCUUCGUUGUUCACAUUUUCUCAUCAGUCGCACUGACGCUAUGCCUCAGAAAAAUUAUUCUGCAAACUUCACAAGUUCAUUAACAGAUUCUGCCUCCGAGGAUUUACGAUAACGAGCUACCGGACGGUUCCAAUGAGGGGUGAAGUAUUUAUGCUGCUCCUGGCCACAUGGCCAUGUCUCCAGGCUCUCUUUGUCGUGGAGUCAGAGGAAAAGUCCUACGAUGGAGAAGUCCACGAUAAGGUCAGGAUGGGAUGCCGGUUUUCACACAUCCCCAGUGUUUCACAUGUAUCUGUCAUUUGGAAGCGCAUCAACCCACUACCGACUCUGGAAGUCUAUCAGCUGGAUAGGGGCCAUGAGAAAUCCAACUUCACCAACCAGCACUUUCGGUCACGAGUACGGCUCCUGACGGAGGAACUGAAGAACUUUCGGGCCGUAAUCGAGAUCUCCCAGCUUCGUCCGAACGACUCGGGAACCUAUCAGUGCAUCGUGAUCCAGGGCGAGGGUGAUUACAAGCAGACGCAGCUCAACGUCCGAGCACCAUAUACGCCGAUUAAGAAGACCUUCAGGAGAAUAAGCAAAACGGAGGUGGAGCUUUCCUGCGAGUCACAAGGCUUCCCGUUGGCCCAUGUCACUUGGAGCAACAGCAAGUUUAAUGUGCCAAAUCUGACAAACCGCUCAGAAAACAGCCAGGUCCAAACCAGGGACGGCUUCUUUGUCGUCACCAGCAGAUUAGCCGUGCCUUACGACACGGACAAUUACACGUGUUCCUACGUGACCGGCGAUGGCAAAACGAGCCAGACAGCUACGUUCAUUAUCCCAGACGAAAUUAGUGAGACGAGUAAAUGGACCGCAGGAUACGCAGCCAUUUCCGUGAUAGUCUUGAUGUGCAUGGGUUUAGCCUUUGCCCUGCUUUUUCUGCGGAGGAGAAAGAAAGAGCAUACACGUCUGGGUACGUCCUCGGUCAUAUGUGAAUCUCCUGGACAAAGCGGGAGAGUGACGUCAGCUGACAAUUUACUUCCAAACUCAGAUUCCAGAGUCGAUUCCCUUACUUUUACGUCAGAGUAGAAAAGCGGCACCUCCCAGACCUGAGGGAACACCUACUACAAGACGGGAAAUAAGGAACCUGGGGAAAAAAAAGCAAAGACCUUUCCUUCAUCUCCAGAGAGCUUUCAAGACCUCAAAGGAGCUGAAGGGGAUUUCAACACCGAGACCCUAGAAGGAGAAGAACUGCAGAAAACCUCAACGACGUUCUUCUAGAAUACAAAGACAGUUUCCUCAUCCUGGAUGGAUAUUUGGAAGUAGACAGGAAACUGGUCACUUCCUGAGAGAGCGACGGUGUCACAACGUAUCCGAGAAAGCACGGCAUUCUGCGACAGGAAGUUAAUCAAGCUUUAAACAUUGCAAUAGGUUUUGUGUUCUUACUCAAUGGAUUCAUGGAAAUUAAUUUUUUUCAACCCAGCUCUUUUGUGUGCUAAGCUUUCUUCUACUAGCGUCACUGUGAAUAACUGUACCGGCUGCACACAUACACACACAUACACCAUGGAUGUCGACUACGUAUCUCCGCUACACAUUCUACUGUGCACCCAAACAUUAAAUGGGAACUUAUGCCUCUUUUCCACCGGAAAGAACCGGAUGCUGGUUCAGAGCUAGCGCUAGUGCUGGUUCAAAGUUGGUUCCACUGGCGAACCUUCUAAGAACCGGUUUGCCUUUCCACCGGCUAGAGAGCCAUCACGGCGCCGAGUGUGACGUCACUGUAUACGUGUCACAUGUCCCAGCACCUUUAGCGCAGCAGCGGCAAACACAAACACAACAACAAUGGCGGAUGUUGCUUUACUGUUAAUGCUCAUGGCUUUGCGAACCUACAUCGGCAUCCAAACGCGGCGAAUAAAACGUGUACGUGCGGCUCCGUGUAAUCUGUAUAAACGGAGGUUGUAAUCGAUAAAGUACAUAACGUUAUUUUAUCGUUAACAAAGAAAAAAAUUUCGCCUUGGCAUGUAGCUACCUACUAUCAUGUGUGCUGAUAAUAUAUCAUAUCACGGUAAAGUGAAAAUGUAUUAAACAUUAGUGUACUUAAGGUACAUUAUCAAACACGCUAACAGUAGCCCCGCCCCCAGCUCCUGAUGCAAGCGGUUCUAAGUCUAGACCAGCAACAUUUUGGUGCUACAUAAACCACUUUUCCUGGUUCGGAGCCGGUGCUUUGCCGGUCGAAACAGAAAGAACUGAUUCUAAAUUAGGCUCUGGCUCCGAACCAGCACUCAAACUGCCUCGGUGGAAAAGGGGCAUUAGAGCAAGACGGACCACACGCAUCAUCGUUAGUCGAUCGUUGUACUUGUCGACUUGUGACAUCAUACCGAACUCAAUUUGCCACUGUUGUUGCGAUUCUUCAUCCCAUGUUGCACACGCGUACGAUAAACGUACCGAUACGGUACCUGCGGUACAGUACCACGCCAACAAACCCGUAGCUGACUGUAUGUGAAAUUUAUAUAUUUAUUUUUUUACUCUAAUCUUUUCUUAACCGGUUCUUUCAUGUCCUGUUUAGUCAGUUUUUGUAAUAUUUUGUACGAUAUCUUUUGUAAUAUACAUUUUUUUUUAAAAUUCUAUACAAAUUUUAAAUCUUUUAAUGGCACUUUUCUCGCUUGAAUCAAAAGUCAGAACUCUCGGAGUCUCUUGAUGUUUUUUCAUGUGUACCGAGACAGUAUUUAUAAAUCUAGCUUUCUGUAUAAUUCUGUAUAAUAGUUUCAAUGUAUAAAAAUUGAUAUAGAUAUAGAUAUAGAUAUAGAGAUAUACACAGACACGUCAACGUGAGGUUUGCAUUUCCGUUUCCUUUCUCUUGUAUUAUUGCACAUGUUCAGCAUGGAUUAAAUGACUUAAGCCGACUUCUCUUAGCCAAGUGAGGAAAACACUGCAUUGAGCUCUAUACUGAUUUAUUUUGAUGAAAUAUGAGCUAUUUUGUUUGUAAUAAAACGUAUGUAUUUUA